AUGGAAGCCAAUGGAGGGUUUAACCCUGAUGGCAAGGGUGAAGAAAAGGAAAGCCACAUCAAGAGAGUGCCAAGCACAAAGCCUCCAUUCACACUAAGCCAAAUCAAGAAGGCCAUCCCACCCCAUUGCUUUGAAAAAUCCCUUCUCCGCUCAUUCUCGUAUUUGGUUUAUGACCUGUUGAUAAGCUCUCUUUUUGGCUAUGUUGCCAUCAAUCACUUCCACCUCCUACCAUCUCAUCUUGCCUACAUUGCAUGGCCUAUCUACUGGAUUCUCCAAGGCUGCGUUCUCACUGGUAUUUGGGUCAUUGGUCAUGAAUGCGGUCACCAAGCCUUCAGCGAUUACCGAUGGGUUGACAACUUGGUUGGCCUUAUCAUCCACUCUGCACUUUUAGUUCCAUACUUCUCAUGGAAAUACAGCCACCGCCGCCAUCACUCAAACAUAGGGUGCCUCGACCGUGACGAAGUGUUCGUCCCGAAGCCUAAGUCCCAAAUUCCAUUCUAUUCCAAGUACCUAAACAAUCCACCAGGGCGAGCUUUAGGUAUUGCUCUCACGCUUCUGCUUGGCUGGCCCUUAUACCUAACCUUCAACGCCUCCGGUCGACCCUACCCUCGCUUUGCCUGUCACUUCGAUCCCUAUAGCCCCAUUUAUUCUGAUCGUGAAAGGCUUCAAAUUUACAUCUCCGAUCUAGGCAUUUUUGCUGCUACUUUUGUGCUCUACCGCAUUGCUAUAGCACAAGGGCCGGCAUUCCUGAUAUGCAUUUAUGGGGUACCUUUAAUUUUUGUUAAUGGUUUCCUUGUCCUCAUCACAUAUUUGCAGCACACUCAUCCUUCAUUGCCACAUUAUGAUUCCUCUGAAUGGGAGUGGCUUAGAGGAGCUUUGGUAACGGUCGAUAGAGACUAUGGGAUUCUGAACAAGGUUUUCCAUCACAUUGCAGACACACAUGUUGCUCACCAUCUCUUCUCUACAAUACCCCAUUAUCAUGCAUUGGAGGCUACUAAAGCAAUCAAGCCAGUACUGGGUGAGUACUACCAGUUUGAUGCUACUCAAAUUUACAAGGCUGUGUUUAGGGAAGCAAAAGAGUGCCUGUAUGUUAAGCCAGAUGAAAAAGGUGUUUUCUGGUACAGAAACAAGCUUUGA